GCCUUCGCUCAUCGAAGAAGAGGGCAGAGAGAACGAUCUGGUAAGCCGAAGAAAUUUCAGGUUCUUCGUCUUCGAAUUCGAGAGUGAGGCGGAGGAGAGGAAAAAUGGCGUUGGGACUGAUUUUGGGACUAGCAAGAUCAAUGAGGAGGAAGCGCACAUCAUCUUUGGACAUUCUUUCGUCAAAACGAGCUCCACGAGAUUACUACAAGGGAAAAAAUUGCAAACCUACUGGUUUUCAUACGCGCAAAGGUGGAUACGUUGUGGUGCCAGAGAAACUGCCUAACUAUGUCGUCCCUGAUUUGACUGAUUUCAAGCUCAAGCCAUAUGUAUCUCAAUGUCACAUAGAAGCUAAGACUAGUGAAGCCGGUGAAUCAACUAAAUCAUAAGCUAAGAGUUACGUGGUCUUUUCAGUCACGUCAUGUUUAUCGUAGACGAUUAGGUCCAAAUUGAGGCGAUAAAACUUAAAGGUUUCGUUCACUCGAGAUUGAGGGAAAUGAUGUAUAAAGCCCUGGCUCGAGAAGAAAGCAGGCUUCUCCUGCUUCAAAUUCUUGUUUCGGUUGGCUUUUUCUUCUAAGAUAUUCUUGAAAUGUCAAGAGAAGACAACAUUGUUGAUCUUGACGGAUGCAACUGCAUACAUUUUCAGGUAUGUAUUGACUUUUGGUACAA